AUGCUAGUGAUUUGCAUCACUGCCACUCAUCCAGCUUUAGCUCAGACUGAGCCCUUUUUAAAGCCGGUAUCUUUUGAGGAGUGUCGCAUGUACAUGUCUCUUGCGGAUCUCGAUCAAAAUGGAGGGAUGAAUCGGGAUCCUGAGUACAUUCGCUACCUCAACUUUUGGACGGCUGAUAUGUAUGGCAAUACACCAUUUGAUUGGCUAAGUCCUCCACUCAUCUUGAACUUUGAAAACAAUGCCAAUUCCAAUGGCGAAAUCAGUGUCGCGGGCGCACAACCAGGGGUAGUCCCGAGUACAACGCAAGCUGCUUUUCAACUGCAGUUCUGUGAAAACACUAGGAGUUCUCUGGGAGUGGAUCUGGGAAUCACACCGGCACCAACCAAUGCACCAACUCGUCUACCGACGUUACCGCCCACACCGUCCCCCACGGCCCCCCCAACAACAAGCCCGCCAUCGCCAUCCCCCACAAACCAACCCACAAACCCUCCAACCAAUAAUCCCACACGUGUCCCAACAACAGCACCCCCAAAUCCCGCUGGCACACAGGAACCAGGUACGGGAACGGCUCCACCCAACUCGGGGCCCAUGACAAAUCCACCAACGAAUCCACCAUCGGAUCCUCUUACACCCGUGGCGACAAACCCACCCCAGCCCGGAACCACCCCAAACCCAUCGCCCGCAUCCAUGAUGACCGGUGCUCCAUCGGUUUCGACGCCACAAACUCCAAUACCGACUGGGCCACCGGUGUAUCAACCCAUGUCCUUUACAGAAUGCCGCAUUUACAUGGCUGUUGCUGAUCAGACACGAGAUAGCAACUUGUCCAGUGAGGAAUACGUCAGGUUCAUCAAUCGGAUAGGGGGGACCAGCUAUGGGACCUUUACCAACAUGCCGCCGAACAUUCGAGACACCUUCAUCCGAUUGGCGCCAGACGGACAAAUCAACAUUGAAGGAGCACGACCGGGACAAGAACUUUCCCCUGGUCAGGAAACUUUUUUGCGACAAGUGUGUGUGGAAUCCGAAAACGCGGUCAUUGAAGCCAAUGGGUUUGGGACGCUCCGACCCACGACCGCCUUUGUCCAGCCGCCGUCGAUUCCACCCACCAUUAUGCCAAUCACCACGCCCAUGCCCACGGUAUCCUUUGGCAAUAUGCCCAUACCAACGAUCACACCGCCACCAGGGACAGCCCCAGUCAUUCAACCUACGCCGAUCACUGGAGCCCCCACCACCCAACCAACUCCUGGUGGUGGCGGCCCCGAAACCAGCAGCCCGACCCCGGGCAGCAACAUUCCCGGAACCAGUGGCCCCACGGCAGGGACCAUGUCGCCAGGGCCCGAGGGAGAGCGCGUCAUGAUUCGCUCCUCUUUCAACAUUUACAAUACAGCAGGGGUCACAGCUCAAGCUCUUGGAAGCCCAACAAAUAGUGACCGAAUUGGGUUGACUCGUGCGUAUGAUAGUAUGGUACGAGAUGUGCUGGAUGCCGAAUCUGGUGAAGGGGAAGCUAUAGGCGUUGAGAUGGGGGGCGAUGGGACAGAUGACACCAUUGAAGAAGGUGAUGGGGCAGGCGGUGAAGCUGGAACGGACCAAGAAGGGGAGGGGACAGACAUGGGAACUGCAACAGAUCAAACAGGAGAAGGGACAGAUCAGGGAGGCGAAGACGCUGCUUUGGAAGCUGAUGGUGCUGCUUUGGAAGGUGAAGGUGCUGCUUUGGAAGGCGAGGGUGAACAGCAGGAAAAUGAUCAGAUAGGUGAUGAGUUGAUUUCUGAUAUUGAUGGUGGUCUCAUCGUUCCAUCCGUCGCACCAGCCCUCAUGCCUGUUAUGGCUGUGGCGCGUGCGGGACAAAAUAGCAUGUCUCCUACAGUGUCUGUAAAGAUUGAAGGAAUCACCGAAGUUGUCCCGGAGGCAAUUGCCGAAGUCGGCGCGGCGUGGGCAAAACAGACAAAGGAGAACCGAAAAGCACAGCGUGAUCCAGGAAGCGAUAGCACUGACAACGCCAGAAGACAACUUGUAGCAGGCCAAAGCCGGAGAAGGUUGCAAGUGUCCCUGGUGGAAGGAUCCCCGGCAAUGUACAGCUUCGUGGACUCAGAAUGCCCUGCCAGUGGCGUCCCGCAAGGUGCCACUUGCCAAACGGUAUUUGCUGGGUACGAGGUUGCUGUCAGUGGCGGUGAAAACACCCAGAUUCUGUACAAUCGAUUGGUGACGAACACACAGAAUGCGAUUGAUGAAGGCAACCUCCAGGAGGCGCUAGAAGCUGAAGAUCCUACAUCAGAUUUGACUGUUCUUGGUGCUUCCUAUCCCGUGGACCCGGGCGAACAAGCACCAACGGCACCCUCCGCUCCAACGACUUCGGUACCAGCAACUCCUGGUCCCACUGCCGCACCCACAGACUCGAACCAAACUCUAUACAUCGUUCUUGGGAUUAUUGGUGGGGCUCUUUUGCUCGCGAUACUUGUGGCUUGUGUAGUGCUCAUUGUACUUGUCAGCCGUUCGAAUGAUAAGAAGACAGCACCAUAUGACCCAGAACAGCCAAUCCAGACUCCGUUGUCGCCAGGGCUGAAACCAGUCGAGGAAGAGGAAUCGGCCGAACUGAAGAAAUUCAAUGAAGAAGUUUCAGCGGGAAAGACCGGAGAAGCGAAACCCGCGGCACAUUUGGGCCAGCCGGGUAAGCCAGAACCGAAACCAGCUUCAGCUCCCCCGGUUGACGUCGGAAGGUUCGAAUCGCAGCCUGCCGCACCGGCGCGAGUUCCUGCAUAUCGACAACCUGAUGAUGAUGAGGAGGACGACUUUGGAACAGAGGAUGAGAAAUCCUCAUCGUGGACUGAGUCAGAUGUGGGCAAGUUUCAGCUUAUUGAGGCGCCUCCGCAGAGACUACCCUUGCCUGCUGCCAGUCCAUCGUCACCUGCGGCUGACCAGACGGAUUUUGUAGGCCAGAGUCCCCCACCUCCGGCGCAUAGUAGUCUGAAUCAAAAUCAGAAUCAACAUUCACCCUCGCAGUACGCGCCGCCCCCACAGUAUGCGAGCCAAGUUCCACCACAGCCUCAACAAAACGUAGCUCAGGAUCCAAAUUCGCCAUAUGUUCCACCCCCACAAUAUUAUGUCAAUGGUCAAGUUACGCAGCAGCAUGCUCCCCCACAAUACGUCAACAACCAAGUGCCACCGCCACCCUCCCAGUACGUUCCUCCGCCACAAUACAUGAGCAACCAAGUUCCUCCACAAUAUGUGAACAACCAAGUUCCGCCUUCGCAGUAUAUGCCACCACCGCAAUAUGUAAACAAUCAAGUUCCACCGACUCAAUAUGUGCAUCCGCCACAGUAUAUGCCGCCACCUUCGCAGCAAGGGGACCAAUCUCAGGCUGCUCCAAUGCAACCGCAGUAUACGGGCCACGCACAGCUGGCUCAAAACGAAAAUGUGCCCUCUUCUCCAGAGUCGUCCCUGAAAUCGAAACAGUCCAAGUCUUCUUUGCCUUCACAACUUGUUGUUCCAUCGGGACAACCAGGUGGGUUGCCACCGAAACCGCCCAGGCAGCAAGAGGAGUCAACGCAGCCAUCGCAAACAACACAGCCGUCACAACCAUCACAAGCAACACAGCCAUCACAAGCAACACAGCCAUCGCAGGCAACAGCACCGUCGCAGCCAUCACGAGCAUCGAGGCCCUCACAAUCAUCACAGCCAUCACAGGCCGCUCCAUCGACGUCGGCUUCGGAGGCACCAGUGCCAGCUCCACCACCCCCACCACCGACGUUGCCACAGGUUGCUCCUGGGGGGCCAGGAGGAACUGCUUCUCAGCAGCGGUGGCCCAGCCCUGAAGAGUUCGAGGACGAAUCGUGGACCGAGGAAACCGACGAGGAGAAGGAACGCAGGGCCCAACAGGAGCCGACGAAAGCCGCAUCACCAACAUCCCCCAAGAAAGCCCCAUCAACACAAACCGCAUCGCCACAACCAAAGCAAGCCGCAUCACCACCAAAGCAAGAAAAAUCCGAAGAGUUCAGUAAAGAAGAUGCGUCAGAAGAUGAAUUCGUUACCGAACACGUGCCACUGCAGAAAUCCUCGGCGCCAUCACAACAAACACAAUCAGAGGAACUCGAGUCAGAGGAGGCCACCACUGAGAGUGGAUUCGAGACCGAACACUUGCCGCUGCAGAAGGUCCCAUCCCCUGUACAGGAAUCUGAAGAAUUUGAUAAUGAUGCUGACACGUUUGGGGGUGAUUCAAGAGCUCCGUCCUCCUUGUCAUCUAAAGCAGCCUCGUUGCAUAAGGACGAUACAUUUGAGACUGCGGAUGAGGAAGCAAAGGCUUCAGAAAAGGAGGGCUCGGAAGGAGGGUCUCAAUCAUCCAAGAAGAGCCUUUUCUUGCAGACUGCAGCUCCUACGCCUGCACCAGAUGGGGACGGCGGUUCUGACAAGGGCUCUGUCAAGUCCAAAGGAUCGAAAGGGUCAGUCAAGUCCAAGGGGUCCAAAGGUUCGCAGAAGUCUAAGGCAUCCAAAGGUUCAAAAACCUCACAAAAGUCCAAAGACUCCAAGGCUUCAGAGAAGUCCAAAGGAUCCAAGGCAUCUAAGGAAUCGCAAAAGUCCAAAGGUUCCAAGGGUUCCAAAGGGUCUCAAAAGUCGAAGUCAAAAGACGACGCCGAGGCUGAUGAGGCAAAGACUGACGAAGCAGAGGCCAAGAAAGAAGAAACUGCCCAGGAUGAAGGCGAAAAAUCAGAAAAGAAAGAUGAAUCCAAGGAAGCGGCCAAAAAAGCAAAGGAUGCAGAAAGUUCUGACGAAGACGAAGACUCAGAUGAUGAAUCUGACAAGAAGGCAAAAGCGAAGGCCAAAAAGGAGAAGGAUGAAGAGACUUCUGACGAGGAAGACUCGGACGACGAGUCAAGUGCACCCGCCAAGAAGAAGGCCCCAUCACCAAAGCCCGCAGCAAAGAAAAAGGGUGGUGAUGAAUCCAGCUCUGAAGAAGAAAGUUCGGAUGAUGAGUCAAGUGCACCUGCCAAGAAGAAGGCCCCAUCACCAAAGCCUGCAGCAAAGAAAAAGGGCGGUGAUGAGUCGAGUUCGGAAGAGGAAGACUCGGACGACGAGUCAAGUGCACCUGCCAAGAAGGCCCCAUCACCAAAGCCUGCAGCAAAGAAAAAGGGCGGUGAUGAGUCGAGUUCUGACGAGGAAGACUCAGACGAAGAGUCUAGUGCCCCUGCCAAGAAGAAGGCCCCAUCACCAAAGCCCGCAGCAAAGAAGAAGGGCGGCGAUGAAUCCAGCUCUGAAGAAGAAAGUUCGGACGACGAGUCAAGUGCACCUGCCAAGAAGAAGGCCCCAUCACCAAAGCCCGCAGCAAAGAAAAAGGGUGGUGAUGAAUCCAGCUCUGAAGAAGAAAGUUCGGAUGAUGAUUCCAUCAAAAAGAAGGCCCCAUCUCCUGCCCCAAAACCUGCAGCAAAGAAAAAACCAGCUGACUCAGAUGAUAGCUCUGAAGAGGAAAGUUCUGAUGAAGACUCCAGUACUCCAGUCAAAAAGAAGGCUCCAGCACCAGCUCCAAAACCUGCUGGAAAGAAGCCAGCAGACUCAGAUGAUAGCUCUGAAGAGGAAAGUUCUGAUGAUGAUUCCAGUACUCCUGUCAAGAAGAGGGCCCCGGCACCAGCUCCAAAACCUGCUGGAAAGAAGCCAGCAGACUCAGAUGAUAGCUCUGAAGAGGAAAGUUCUGAUGAUGAUUCCAGUACUCCUGUCAAGAAGAGGGCCCCGGCACCAGCUCCAAAACCUGCUGGAAAGAAGCCAGCAGACUCAGAUGAUAGCUCUGAAGAGGAAAGCUCUGAUGACGACUCAAGCACUCCAGUCAAGAAGAGGGCUCCUGCACCAGCUCCAAAACCAAAGAAGCCAGUGGAUUCUGAUAGCUCAGAGGACGAAUCUGACUCGUCAUCAUGA